CCUUUAUCAGUCUACGCCUCGACGAUCCCCAAGAUUGGCAACGCACCCUGGAAUAUCAUCCUUACCCUACAGCUUGUUGUCAGACAUGAUCCUUCCUUCCAGCCCUGAAUGAUACAUUCACAGCAGACAGGCUUACCUGUCACUGCCCUCAAGCCCGUAGAGAUUGGAUCUGAGUUCUUGCUGGUCGCAGGCUCUGGACCAUGGCUUCAUGUUUAUGACCAAAAUUCCGGACAAGUUCUACGCCAGCAGGUAUUUCCUUGCCAGCCUAUUCAUGGCAUUGACGCCAUUGAAGUGACCACACCCGCUGGUGACUCGAAGCACAUAAGCAUCCUCAUAUGGGGUGGUCGCUGGCUUCGCUAUGGAGAGCUAUCAGUGUUGCCUGAGCACCAAAGCCUCCCCAAUCAUGUUAUUCUUGAGCUUUCAGACCUUUUUGAUGCCAAAGACUGGGUUCUGAAGGCUGUUUCAGUGACAACGACCUCGUUACACACCGCCCCACAUAACUCCUCCACAUUUUUCCUUCUCACUGCACACAAUGCUUUACUCAGGCUCAAGAUCAACAGCCACAGCGGCCGACAGGCUACGCAGUUUGAGCUUCUUGAUACAGUGCCCGGGCCAGCCACGUUUCUCUAUUCUGGAGAUAUCAAGGCCACACACAGCGGAGGCAUAAUUGUUGCCUCGGGCACUGUGUUUGGGGAGAUCUUUGUGUGGACGUGUCACAAUUCAAACGAUGAGAGUGGGUGGGUAACUACCUUGAGACACACCUUCACUGGACAUGAAGGCUCCAUCUUCGGAGUCACAAUCUCUCAAGAGAUACACAUUAACGGAGUCAAAGUCAGGUUACUUGCGAGUUGCAGUGAUGACCGUACAAUCCAAAUUUGGAACAUCAGCGACUCCAAUGUACCAGCGAUCAACUCCAUUCCCAGUCUCGGUCCUCGAGAGACAGGCUUCGGCGUCACACGGGAUAGUGAAAUAUCACAGCUGACCAAGACUUGGGCUCAUUCAUCACGGAUUUGGAAUGUGGAAUUUGCAGUGCGCCAGGUUGGAGCAGGGGAUCAUCGCAUUCUUGUGCUCUCCGAAGGCGAAGAUGCCACUUGUCAAUUGUGGGAAUUGGUCUCUGGAACCGGCCAAGAAUCAAUUAUGCAGCAGCAGUGGACGAUUAGCCCGCAUGCGCGAGACCAUCACCAUCUGGGGAAAAAUGCCUGGUCUAUGUCACAUCUUCUAAUAUACCCCAGUCUAGUUGUAUAUUCUGGUGGCGCCGACAACCAAGUCGUCCAAAGGAGGUUUGACGUUGAUCAGGGACUGACUAAAUCCUCCACUAUAUCCCACCCUUUUCGAGGACUCAGCCACAACGGCAAAGUACUCAAACAGUACACUAUGAUUGACCACGACAUCUGUCUAGCCAAUACCGAUGACGGGGAUUUGUACCAGCUUUCGCCAAAUGGAGAUACGUUGGUGUGUACGAAGACGCUCAGCAACCCUCUCAAGGGCAGUGUCGUCAUCUGCUAUGUUUCCAGUCAUGGGAUGCUGCUAAUGGCACCACAAGCUGGCGGACUCUCAGCGCUUGUUCAAUCAACGGGAGAAGUGAUAUCACUUUUGUCGCCUCUUGAGGCCAGCAUCACUUGGAUGUCGGUUGCCUUGACGCCAGCGCCUGGAAUGCCAUGUAUAGUGGCGAGACUCAGUGAUUCCAGGGUCGUGGCCCUAUGGGUUUCUGAUCGGGGCCCAGCCGUCCAAGUCACCAUGACCAACCUUGGUUCACCCGAUACGUUCAACGUGACAGCGAGCUGUUAUGACCCUUGUAGUCGAUGUUUGGUUCUUGGAUCUCGCGCCGGGGCCUUGGCUUUCUACGCAGAUGUAGAUGCAGAGACAGCGGAAGCCCAGAAUCCUUUUGUCGUUCGACACGUGCAUGGUACUGACAGCGUCACUUCACUUCGGCUUUUGGAUCCCUCACCUCACCUUGGGCCGGAAGAAUCAGAUGUGAUUCACAUCUUGUCAACCGGCAAAGACGGAACCUUCAGUGUACAUCGAGUGGUCAAACAGAAACAAACAUUUCCACCCAUUUCAACAAUCCAUCGCUCCUCUCCACCAUUUGGACCCAAUAUCGAAGGUUCUUACCUGGUUCCGAGGACAAUUGCACCCGGUAACCAAGUUGUUGAUCUCGUUUUAUGCGGGUUCAAGUCCACUUCGUUCAUCGUAUGGAAUGAAACACAACGGACGACUCUGUUGGACAUUGAGUGCGGCGGCUCCCACAGGACCUGGUCUUACAAACCACUCAUUGAGCUUGCUGCCAACAAAAUCAGUCCAUCCCCGCCUGUCCAGGUAGAACGUCAGAAUUUUCAAUCAUUUGUAUGGACAAAGGCUGGAAAGAUCAAUUGGCACAUCGACAAAAGUCCGCCUAGUGUCGCUAUCGGUCACAGUAGUCAUGGACGUGAGAUUAAAGCAAUGGCCAAGAGCUCUCGCCCAUACACAGACAAACCUCGUGGACUUGAAAAUUGUGCAUUGCUGGCAACUGGCGCAGAAGACACAGACAUACAACUCUUCGCAAUAGAGCCCACCGUGAUCCCGGAUUCACACAAAUCAGGGUGGCAUAAUCUGGUAGUGCUAAAGGGGCACACGACUGGGUUACAACACCUCCAAUUUUCUCCAGCUAGCAGAUUCCUUUUCAGCAGUGCCGGAUUCGAGGAAUUUUUUGUUUGGAAGCUAACAUAUAACGUCCCUUGUGUUGGUGUCGGUGUCGUCUUGCAAGACCGAAUGCCCAAGGUAACAGAGGACUCUGAUGCAAGAAUCAUGGGUUUUGACCUACAAGAAAAGGGUCAAAAUCGUGGUGUGUUGGGAGAAGAGGAAUCUUCCUUUGUGUUGGCUAUGGCGUAUUCCAACGGCAAGGUCAAGGUCAUCAACUACCAGCCCACAGCAAAUCACGGCACUGGGGCUUUUGAGGUGAUACAUAUCAUCAAUUUCGGCUCAUUUUGCUUACUACAAACAUCGAUAUUGCCCAACCAGGGUUUGAGUGACCAUACCAGUUCAGUGAUGCAGAUACUAUCCGCCGGCACAAAUGGAGCAUUGAAUCUCACGCGAUUGGCAUCGAAGGAUAAGGCAGACGAUGCAGCACCCGAUGGAAUGGAGCUCAAGGGGAUCCACCAGAGCAGCAUCCUUGCGAUGGAUGUCAUUAUGCUGUGGCCACGAAUGUACUUGACUACGACUGGAGGUGAUGACAAUGCUUUGGGCCUGACAUUUUUGAAUGUUGACACAGAAAAAGAAUUUACAAGCCCAGAUCAUCCCAGGACAAUCAUCAUCCCUAAGGCUCACGCUGCAGCAAUUACAGCUCUCAAAGUUGUCGAGUGCAUCACUCGUGGUUCAACAAUGAGUGUCACCAUUGCCACUGUGGGGAAUGACCAGCGUGCUAAAGCCUGGCGUGUUGAGAUACCGGUCAACUCAGCCGCUCAAGAUCAAACCAUCCUUCUACAAGACGUCAGAGUACGGAAGUUAGCAAGUGCUUGGACAGCUGUUGCGGAUGUCAGUAGCUUGGAACUUGUUAGCAUGGUUGAGCUAAGGAAGAUAGGCGAAGAAUCAGAGGGUGGCCUCCCUGAGAGGGACUUUCAAUUGAUGAUUGCGGGCGUGGGGACAGAGUUAAUAAAGAUACAACUGCCCUAGCCAUGAAGAUCACCAUCUCCUCCGAAGCUCAUCAACAGAUUGUAAGCUGUCAACUUCGGAAGAUGCAUCCUUCAUAUAGUGCGCCAGAGAAUGCAGCCAAUACAGUCUACACCAUAAAGUAGUCGACGUAUGUAGGUUUGACAGAUAGGUAGCG